AUGUCAGCUCCAGAAGAAGUAGAAUUCGAUAGCAAUGAGCAUUUUGCUUUAAUCUUCGCCGCGUUUUCUAUUGGUCUCAUUGUUCUCAUAUUCGCACUUCGUGGGCAACGAAAACGGAUUCUGGAAGAGAAUAUGUUUAAGCAACGGGUCCUGCUCAGCCAGAUUUUUGAUAUGUAUAUGAUAAAAACGGAGACACUUAGAAUACAGAAGGAGCAGCUUGACGUUCAUCGUCAUGUUUUGAGAACUGGAAAAAUUGAGGAGAAGAAUUGA